AUGAAGCUGGAGGACCUGCCCCAGGGUCUGAUCGAGUCAUCGGAUCCGCAGCCACUGCCGGAUCUCGAGGAGGGCGAUGGCGGGCCUGCCUAUCCUACCGUCGUUCUGCAGGCCAGCCGGAACAUGCAGAAGUUCGAGAACUGCGUGCUCCUGACCCGGGUCGGCGGCUUCUACGAGCUGUAUCUCAGCCAUGCCGAGGAGUACGGGCCUCUGCUGAACCUCAAGGUCGCGCAGAAGAAGACCAAUGCCGGACCCGUCCCAAUGGCCGGAUUUCCCUUUUUCCAACUGGACCGAUUCCUGAAGACCCUCGUCUUGGACUUGAACUGCUACGUUGCGAUAGCAGAGGAGUUUCCCAAUGACCCCGGUGACAAGGUUAGGUCCGGGGGGCUUAUGCAUGACCGUAGAGUCACACGUGUCAUCACGCCCGGCACCCUUAUAGACGAGAACUUCAUUAACCCAUAUGCCAAUAAUUACGUGAUGGCCAUUCAUGUCAAUCAGCAGGAGCAGGAGACAGAGUCGACCAAGUCUGAACCAACUGGAGAGAUCGGUGGCGUUGAGGCGGCCCGUACUACUGAUUCUGCACCAAUUGGACUGGCAUGGCUGGAUAUCUCCACGGGCCAGUUUUACACACAGUCGACGGGCGUGGAGACGUUGUCUUCUAUACUGUCCCGCGUUGGUCCAAGAGAGAUUGUCGUUGACGAGGUCCUCGAAUCAAGAAGAGACCACAAGCUGUUCUCUGUCUUAGCUGAAGACAAGUACUUGAUCACAUUCGCGCCCCAAGGACAGCAUCUUCCCGUCUCACAAUGGGGUCCGAUGUUGGAAUCCGACAUCCCCUCAAAAACAGCUGAAAGCUUCACCCCGGAUGAGGCCCAGGCCGGUAGCUUGCUACUCCAGUACGUUAGAGACCGCCUCCAAGGUCUGAGCAUGAAGCUACAGCCUCCGCUACGGCACGAGAACAUGUCGGUCAUGGCUAUCGACAAGAACACGAUGCGGUCGCUGGAGAUCAAGCAGACAACCAAGGACGGGGCUUUCCGCGGAAGUCUUUUACACGCCAUACGGAGAACUGUCACUAAAGGAGGCGCCCGCCUGCUGGACGCUUGGCUGAGCGCGCCUUCGACUGAUCUGGAUACCAUCCGCGGCCGGCAAGACCUGGUUGAGCACUUUAUACGGUAUGAGGAUCUACGUGAUGAAAUCAUCUUGCUGUUGAGGAGAAGCCAUGACUCGCAACGUCUGGUGCAGAAGUUCGCAUUCGGGCGCGGAGACGCAGACGAUCUCAUUGCUCUUGCCAACACCAUCCGUGCCACGGAAGAUAUUGUUUCUCUUCUAGAGGAGGCCGCACCAGAGCACCAGCGGCAUCCAGAAAAGGGGAGAGCUACAUCUCAUGAUAGCUCCACCAAGAAUCCUGCCUGGACUACAUGCUUCACCUCCCUCAUCUCGCGCAUCAACCUCAAAGACCCAGCCAAGCUAGCAGACCGCAUCAGGAGGUCCAUCGACGAGGAAGGGCUAGUACAGCAGCACCAGAACGAGGACAGCGAAGCCAGUCAGCUCCUCACGCUCGCCGAGAACGUCGUCGCGGCCGAGGGCACCCAAGGCGACGCGGCAGCCCUGCCCAAAGGCGCCACCGCCGCCGCCAAGAAGAGGAAGCCACCGACAUCGCUCCGCGACCACUACGCCGUCAACGACAACACGGCCUUCGUGAUGAAGCCGGCCGCGAGCCCAGCGCUGCAGGACCUGCACGCCAAGCUGUCGACCCUCCUCCACGAAAAGGCCGCCCUCGGCGACGUCCUGCGCGAGCGCCUGGCCGCCCCUUCCCUGACGUUGCGCUGGACGCCGAAUCUGGGCCACAUCUGCCACGUCAAGGGCAAGGAUGCGCGCACUGCCGCCGCCUCCUCCACCUCCCCCAGCACCACGACGAUGGACACGCCGCCGACGGUAGUCAGCUCGAGCCGCAGCACGCGCGCGCUGCACGUGCCCGAGUGGACGGCGCUGGGCCAGCGCCUGCACCAGACGCGCUUCGAGAUCCAGACCGAGGAGUCCCGCAUCUUCGCGUCGCUCCGCGCGCUCGUCGUGCGCAACCUGGUCAAGCUGCGACGCAACGCGGCCGUGCUCGACGAGCUGGACGUGGCGACGUCGUGCGCGCGCCUGGCCGACGAGCAGGGGCUAACGCGGCCCGUUGUCGUCGGCGACGGCACCUCGGCGCACACCAUCAUCGGCGGUCGCCACCCGACCGUCGAGGGCGGCCUGCGGGAGCAGGGCCGCAGCUUCACGCAGAACGACUGUCUCGUGGGGAACGACGGCUCCCACAGCAGCAACAGCAGUAACAGUAACAGCAGCAGCACCACCACCACCACCACCACGAUUAAAGAGAGCCGCCUCUGGCUCAUCACAGGCCCCAACAUGGCGGGCAAGAGCACGUACCUGCGGCAGAACGCGCUGAUCACGAUCCUGGCGCAGGCCGGGUGCUACGUGCCGGCGGACCACUGCGCGCUGGGCGUCGUCGACGCCGUCUUCUCGCGCGUCGGGUCCGCCGACAACCUGUACCGCGACCAGAGCACCUUCAUGGUCGAGAUGCUCGAGACGGCGCAGAUCCUGCGCGCCGCCACGGCCCGCUCCUUCGUCAUCAUGGACGAGAUCGGCCGCGGUACCACGCCCGAGGACGGCGCCGCCGUGGCCUUUGCGUGCCUGCACCACCUGGUCCAUGUCAACAGGUGCCGCGCCCUGUUCGCGACGCAUUUCCAUACCCUGACGGACAUGGUCGCGGAGAGGGGUAUGCAUGUCACGAGCGGCGGCUCCGUCGAGACAUAUUGUACGGACGUGGAAGAGGACGGGGCCGGAGGUUUUGUCUAUGUGCACAAGCUACGGAAAGGAGUCAACCGGCAGAGCCACGCGCUCAAGGUCGCGCGCCUGGCAGGCUUGCCCGAAGCUGCUAUUACGAUGGCGAGGGACAUUUUAGGACAUACUACGGAAAACAGGGGCGGUGGCGAGUCACAAGUCGGACCAUGA